AUGGUUUCUCCGGUGGUUGAGAAUAAUCACGAUGUCAAAAAGGAAAGACAGGCUUCUUCAUCAGAGAAAGAAGAAGCACAGUCUGUUUCUGUUUCCGAACGUAAGAAAGAAAGGCCGAGAUCCCCGCGACGUGAAAGAUCUAGAUCCAGAGAACGGAAAAGUCAUAAAGGACGACACCGAUCAAGAAGUCGAGAAAGGCUAAAAAGCCUGGCUCGAGACAGACAUCGGCAUCGAAGUCGGAGCAAAGACCGCCAUCGAAGUCGCAGUAAGGAACGACAUAAGGGUAAAAGACAUAAGGAACAAUCCCACAAAGGCAAAGAUAGAAAUAAAGAUGAGAAGAAGGUGAAGUCAGAGAAGGCUUCCAAAAAAGUCCCCUUAUCCCUGGAAGAGUUACUCGCAAAGAAGAAGGCAGAGGAAGAAGCAUUAAGCAAACCGAAAUUCCUGACGAAGGAAGAGCGAGCUGCUGAAGCCUUACGGAAACGUGCUGAAGCUGUCCAACAACAGCAGGCCGCAAUCCAAGUAGAGAGAAAAAAACAGUUGGAAUUUCUGAAGACAGCCAGAGGGGACUUUUCAGCAAACAACAAGAAAUUACCUGGAAAAUUGCCACCUGUCCUCAGUCGUGUAUUUUCUGAAAAAGAUCUAGACAAUGGCCGUGACCGAUAUGACAAAGAUGGUAAGCGUCGAGAUCGAAAGGACAAAGAAGAGGAGGAUCGUAACAAAUUAUUGGACAUGAAGGACAAAGAGAAAGAAGUAGAAGCCAUUAAAGAACGUUAUCUUGGAAUUACAAAGAAACGGCGUCGUGUGCGGCGUCUAAAUGAUCGGAAAUUUGUGUUUGACUGGGAUGCUGGUGAUGACACUUCUCAAGACUACAACCCUAUUUACAAAGACAGACAUGCUGUACAGUUUUUUGGACGAGGACAUGUUGCUGGAAUUGAUCUGAAGGCCCAAAAGAAAGAUCAGUCUAAAUUUUAUGGAGAUCUUCUUGAACGUCGUCGCACAGAAGCUGAGAAAGAACAGGAGAGGAAACGUUUGAAGAAUGUUGCCAAGAAGGAAGCCAAACAGAAAUGGGACGAUCGGCAUUGGUCUGAGAAGGACUUGGAACAAAUGCAGGAACGUGAUUGGCGUAUCUUUAAAGAAGACUACAACAUUACCUGCAAAGGAGGCAAAAUUCCUCAUCCAAUCCGUUAUUGGCAUGAAUCUAUUCUCUCCAAAGAAAUCUUGGCUAUUAUUGAAAGUGUGGGAUACAAGGAACCAACUCCAAUUCAGCGGCAAGCCAUUCCUAUUGGCUUACAGAACCGUGACAUUAUUGGUGUAGCAGAAACUGGCAGCGGUAAGACAGCUGCUUUCCUCAUCCCAUUGUUAGUGUGGAUCCAAUCUUUGCCAAAGAUUGAAAGAAUGGAAGAUGCUGACCAAGGCCCAUAUGCAAUCAUUUUAGCACCAACUCGUGAGUUAGCUCAACAGAUUGAAGAAGAAACAAUUAAAUUUGGAACCAUGUUGGGUAUUCGUACUGUAGCUGUUAUUGGUGGCAUCUCUCGAGAAGAACAGGGAUUCAAAUUACGUCAGGGUUGUGAGGUUGUAAUUGCUACACCAGGUCGUUUAAUUGAUGUCCUGGAGAAUCGCUACCUUGUACUUAACCAAUGUACAUAUGUUGUGAUGGAUGAAGCCGAUCGGAUGAUCGACAUGGGAUUUGAAGCAGAGGUGCAGAAGAUUCUGGAAUUCCUGCCAGUCAGUAACCAAAAACCUGAUACGGAGGAGGCAGAAGACGACACAAAGAUGAUGCAGAAUUUUACUUCAAAGAAAAAAUAUCGACAGACUGUCAUGUUCACGGCCACGAUGCCUCCAGCCGUGGAGCGACUAGCUCGCACAUACUUGCGCCGACCUGCUGUCGUCUAUAUUGGCUCUGCCGGUAAACCCACUGAACGAGUUGAACAAAUCAUCUACAUGGUGUCCGAAUCUGAGAAGAGGAAGAAAUUGUUGAGCAUUCUUGAGGCUGGCACUGAACCCCCCAUCAUUAUUUUUGUCAACCAGAAGAAGGGGGCUGAUGUCCUGGCCAAAUCUCUAGAAAAGAUGAACGUUUACAAUAAUACGAAUAAAAUUUCCCCCCUCUCUCCCUUCCUUUUUCCAUUCCUCCUCUCUCCCUUCCUUUUUCCAUUCCUCCUCUCUCCCUUCCUUUUUCCAUUCCUCCUCUCUCCCUUCCUUUUUCCAUUCCUCCUCUCUCCCUUCCUUUUUCCAUUCCUCCUCUCUCCCUUCCUUUUUCCAUUCCUCCUUUCUAUCCUCCUUUUUUCACCCUCCUUCCCCCUCUCUCACCUCCUUUUCCCGUUCACCCUCUCUCUCCUCCUUUCCCUUUCCCCCCUCUCUAUACUCCUUUUUUCACCCCCUCCUCUUACCUUCCCUCCUCUCCUCACUGAUCUCCCUCUUUUGCCACUCCCCACCUACCCCCAUUUUUCACUCUUCUUCCCCUCCCUCUCCAUUUACCUUACAUCUUCUUUCUCUCCUUUCCUUGGCCCCUCAAUCACUUCCAUCUCCUCUUCCCGUUCCCCCUCUCCUCCUCUUCCUGUGUUCCCCCUCUCUCUCCUCCGUUUCUUUCACCCCCCUCCUCUUACCUUCCCCUCAUUGCUCUCCUCUCCUCAUUUACUCUCCCCUUCUUUGUACUUCCCAUAUAAUGCAACAACUUUGCAUGGUGGCAAAGGUCAAGAACAGAGAGAAUUUGCCUUGGCCAGUCUUAAAGGUGGUACCAAGGACAUUCUGGUGGCCACUGAUGUUGCUGGACGAGGUAUUGACAUCAAGGACGUCUCUUUGGUUAUUAAUUAUGACAUGGCCAAAAAUAUUGAAGAUUACACUCAUCGUAUUGGACGUACAGGUCGUGCUGGCAAAACGGGUACAGCCAUCACGUUCCUGACCAAAGACGACAGCAAUAUCUUCUAUGAUUUGAAACAAGUCAUCACGGGCAGCCCUGUAUCGACAUGUCCACCAGAACUGGCCAACCAUCCCGAAGCUCAGCACAAACCAGGCAGCAUGAUGCACAAAAAGAGAAAAGAUGAGACAGUCUAUGUUAAUUGA